CACCCUGGAGCCAGGCAGCCACUUUUGGUGAGGGACCUGCUGGCCCAUAACAUCAUAGGUCUAUCUCUACCUGUCCUUCAGCCCACCAGACCACAGUUGCCUAUACUGAACAUCUCCCAUAGUCUCACUACAAGUCCCUGGCCUUCAAUCCAAGUCCACACUCUCCUCAUUGGCAGCAUCCCUUUUCCUGCAGAUGGACAGGACACACUAUCAUCACCAUCAGAAAUUAUUUACCAAUGGCUCCCACUUCCCAUCACCCCCAGCCACAUCAGCAGUCAUCCUCACCCUGCCACCUCCACCUGCAGGACAUGGAGGCUCCCACUGGAGAUGAAUGUAGUGACAGUGGAGCUGUAUGCCAUCCAGCAGGCCCCAUUACACCACACCUUCCACUGCAGAGGCAAGGCAGUGGUCUACACUGACUCCCUCUCAUCCCUCCAUCUUCUACUCUCCCAACAUCCAACCAUGUUGAUGACCCUCCUCUACUGCAUACAACAAGCCCUUCUCCAUCUUGCCGCCCACUCAGGUGUUUGCAGUGAUGAGGUCGCUGAUGCCACAGCCAAGAUGGCCCUCUCUGCCAUAAACAUUAUACCACUGCCUUUCCCCCUUGCCACCGUCAAGCACCUCAUCUCACACAUCUGCCACUUGGCCUGGGACUAUACACUUGAUGAUGUCCUGCACAUCACUUCCAUGGGGCAGUACUGGACAGACUCUUUCCGGCAGCCUUGGAUAUGGCAAUGGUCCUGCAUCUUAAAUGUCACCAUUGCCCAUCUCCACUUGGGCCACACAACACUCACUGAUCACUUGCACUGUCCGUGUCUGUCCCCUGACCCCUUCUGCCCAUAGUGCAGGACU